GUUGCCAUAACCUGUCGUCUCUACAAUAAUAAUAAAAUAAUUUAUCUCUGUGAUUUGUCACACCGAAAUAUGGGAGAAGUAUCGAAUUAUCGAGUGCAAUGUUCUCAACAAAAAAGAGAUUAAUCGAGCGAACGGGUUACAACAACGUGGGGAGAUACGACUAUCUGAAAUUACUGUCAACAGAAUUCAAAACAACAUCAUCCACAGAUGGAAAACGUCAAGUUCUUGGAAACCUAGCCAAUUUUGCUUACGAUCCAGUUAAUUACGAGUACAUCCGGCUAUUGAAUAUAAUUGAUCUGUUCUUAUGCGUUCUCUCAGACUCUGACAGGAUUCUAGUACGAUUUUCUAUUGGAGGAAUAUGUAAUUUAUGCUCUGAUCCCAUAAACAAAGAGUAUAUUUUACGUAAUCGAGGAGUGGCCCUGGUAUUCUCAUUAUUACAAUCGCCCGAUGAGGAAACUGUCCUGUCAGCAAUAACCACGUUAAUGUUUUUAAUAACAGAUGCUUCGAGGAGUGAAAUUAUAACUCCAGCUGUUAUUGGACAAUUGGAGAUAUUCAAAAAUUCGACGAAUAAGAGAAUCCAAAAUUUGGCGAUAAUUUUUUUGAGGGAUCAUUGCGGCGAGAAUUAAUUACAUUUAUUACUCCACGAAUUUCGGAUCAAUCAAAAUGAUUCAACGAAUCAAUUUUUCCAGAGGAUUGAUUAGGGGUUAUUUUGC